GCUUAGGCAGACCUUUGGGCAGUGUCCACCUGGUGCAGACGAGCAGACGGUUGGAUACCAUUGUCGAGCUUGGAUUCUCCAUCUCUUUGGUUCAGUUCUUUUUCCAGACGCGACAGACGACAUUGCGUCAUGGAUGUUUCUACCAUGCCUGACUGACUGGGAUACGACCGGAGGUUACAGCUGGGCUUCAGCAGUGUUGGCCUUCCUGUACAGGCAACUUUGAAAGGCUUGUCAUCGUUCGUCGAGGACCGCCAGCUUAGGUGGAUGUGUCUACCUACUACAGCUAUGGAUGUGGGCACACAUACCCGUCGGGCGACCCAGAGAGUUUCCUCCUCGUGAGUGGUUCGUGGUAGCCGGACAUCGGCUUAAGCCCACGGCUGCUUACCGCUGGGACCAGGUCGAGGAGCCAUUCGCACGACACCAGCGUGCUUACAUGGAGUACUCAAACGAGCUCGACGCACUUACUCCUUCGAUGGUGACCUGGCAACCGUAUCUUGAUCCAUAUUUCGCCAUCAUACAGUUGAGCAGCAUGUGCUCAAUAGACGAGAACCUCUACCUCAUGAGGUGUCCCCUCAUCUGUUUUUAUGCUGUUGAGUACCACUUGCCCCACAGAGUUGCUCGACAGUUCGGAUUGCGCCAGGAGUUUCCGGUGGAGCCAUUCUUGACUUCAAUAGAACUUCAUAAGUUCGACAGACAGAGACAGAAGAAGGUCACGGACUUCGAGACCCACCAUCGUGAUUACAUUGAUGAAUGGGAACAAUAGGGGGAUCUUAACUAUGAGAACGACCAGGCGCACACAAACUACAACUUCCGGAGGUAUUUGAUUUGGUAUUCUGGUGUGACUAGGUGCAAGCUGAAGGGACAGUGGAUAGCUGCAGACUACGCCGAGCAAGAAUCGUCAGACGACGAAGACACAGCUUUCGACAUAGCUGCUCGGCACGGGUCCCAAAUUGAGGCUGCUCCAAUCCUUGAU